CAUAUGAGAAUUAAUUUUUUCAGUUAUCCAUUUAAAAUGUGAACCAUAUUUUUCAUUAGCAUUAGUAUUGUUUAAUACUGUACUUUAUUCAAUUUUUAUAAAUCGUCUACAUAAAUAAUUCUCAUCUAUCAUGGUGCCAGUUGCUAUUGAAGGCUGCACCCAGGGUGCUGAAGGAGGUGGUGCUCGUGGUGGUUCAAUUUCUUUGGCUUUGUUGAUAGAUUUUAUUGUGCAAAGAACUUACGAUGAACUAACUGUACUGGCAGAACUAUUACCCCGCAAAACGGACAUGGAGCGUAAAAUUGAGAUAUAUAAAUUCAGUGCUCGUACACGACAAUUGUUUGUACGUUUGUUGGCUCUUGUUAAAUGGGCCAGCAGUGCUACUAAAGUGGAUCGCUCUGCUCAUAUUAUGGCUUUUUUAGACAAACAAGCUUUGCUAUUUGUAGAAACAGCAGAUGUCUUAGCCCGUGUAGCUAGAGAAACACUUGUACAUGCCAGGUUGCCUACAUUCCACAUGGCAGCUGCUGUGGAGGUCCUUACCUUAGGCACCUACAGCAGACUGCCCGCUGUGAUUCGCGAGCGACUAGUGCCACCUCCGCCGUUAACACCGGGCGAACGGCGGUCUACGUUACGUGCGCUGGCGCAUAUCGUACGACAACGCCUCACCACUGCUUCUCUACCAAGUGAUGUUAGAAAUUUGAAGGUAGAAAAUGGCCGUGCGACUUUUACAGUUGGACAAGAAUUCAGUGUUUCUUUAACAGUAAUGGGAGAUGCACCAAACUUACCUUGGCGUCUCCUUGAUAUUGCGAUUCUCAUUCAGGAUAAUGAAACUGGAGAGGGCAAACCAUUGGUGCACACUUCACAACUGGCGUGGUUACGUGGUGUGGCUCAAGCUCGACUCGCAGCCGCAGGUCUCGGUGGAGCGCUUACAGCUUUGAGAUAUUUUUGUCGAUCUCUUUCACUGGAAUUGCUGUACACGCAAACACUUAGAUUAUGUCGAGACCGCCUGUCGCGGCAUUUACAAGUCGACAAAUAUAUACCUGGACAUAAACUGCAAGUUUCUUAUUGGAGAGAGUUGGGUUGCGAACUUGGGUAUCGUCUGAUCAUCGGCGCGGAAGGCGAGUCGCUGUGCGUGUGGCACGUGCCCGCGCUGGCUGGCGGCGAACGUGUUGCUACCGCUCUCACGCCGCACGCGCCCUCCAUGGAGCGGCUGCUCGCGCACACCGUGCACGUGCGCUCGCGUCAGAGGCUCAACGACCUCAAGGUGCUACUCACCGAUCUCGGGGUGGAGUGCAGCGUGGGCGGGUGGCCGUGCGUGCUGGCGUGCUCGGCGCUGUGGCCGUGCCUGCGCGCGGAGCAGCUGCUGGUGUCGGCGGGCGCGCACGCGGGCCGGCUGCGCGCGCGCGUGCCCGCCUACCCGCACGCGCCGCGCAUGCAGGACCUGGCCGCCGCGCUCGCGCUCUCCAACGUGCCGCAGAUCAAGGCGCUGCUCACGCAGCUCAGAUUUUGGUUGGUGGCGCGGCGAUGCGAAAAAACGUUGCAGCAUCUCCCUGCUAGUGCAUGUGAGCACCUUCCGUUUCUACAUGGUCCUGAGCAUCCACUGAACAAACUGUCUCCUGACCGGCUCUAUGUGACCUUGCAUCGACACACUGAUCAUAUACUUAUUGUGGAGAUGAAGGAAGUGGCUGCGGGUAGCACUGCUACAACGAGCAACAGCGCCAACAGUGGCAGUGCGUGCUCGGUGGCACUCUCGUUCCACCUAGCUGGUGCGCGCCGCUGUACGCCCGAUGAGUGUGAAGACGAGUCAUCUGCAACGGCGGCAGCGGCAGUGGCUGCAGCUGGCACUCCGAGUACUGCGCGAGCGUUCCUCAAGUUGCAUUCUCUCGUUGAACUGGAUACGUUCACUCUCACGCACGGACCCUUCACUCCCCUGGAUACACCUGGCAUGCAGCCGGGUAAGCGCAAGUUGUGUGGAAGUUCGUCGAGUGCGCGCGCGGUUCGCGUGCGUCAGCCGGCGUACUUCCUGCCCGAGCUUGCCCACGUGGUCGCCGCUGCUGACGAGCGCGUUCCCUUCGUCAAUCUCGCUCAAGAGCUGGCGGCGCGCGGCGUGACGCACGGCGGCGUGCAGCCGGAGUGGAGCGGCGCGGCGCUGGGCAUGCGCGCGGUGGCGCUGCCGCGGCCGGCCGGCGCCGCGCCCGCCGCGCACGCCGCGCUGCGCGCGAGGCUGCUCGCCGCCACCGUGCGCCUCACCACCAAGAACCAGGCGCGCGUCUGGACCGCAGAGAUCGUUUUCCACGGCUCGCCGGUGCGCACGCCCAACCCCAAGGAGCAAGGCGAACGCCGCUGCGUAUACCUGCAGUACGAGCUGGGCACGGAUGCUGGCCGCACCGCCGACGCGUUCCUGGCCGACUGGGCCGCCAUCGUGCACCUGCACACGUUACUGCAUGAUUUCAUGCAGCGACCAGCACAAGAGCGCGAGACGCUGUGGCAGGGCGUGUGCAUCCGGUCGUAUACGUACCGCUCGCUGGUGCUGGGGUUCGGUCCGUCGCAGCGCGCCACCGCCGUGCUGCAGUGGAGCGCGGCCGCCCAGCGGUACACGCUCGCCACGCCCGCACACCAGCCCGCCGCCAACGCGCACCACCUCCUGCACCACCACCUCGACCACUACAUCAACUGGCACAAGGAUCUGAUGUCGUUGGGCGUGGUGCUGCGCGAGACGUACGCACCGCUGCUGGCUCUGAGUCGGUUGCCGGCGCUGCCGCAGCUUGGCCUCCAUCACGUGCGCACGCUCAUGCCCACGCCCACCUUCACGUUGCUUGCGCACUCAUGGCGGAAGAUUCGAAUAAUCUAUGCCGGCGCAUAUUCCCUGGAAGUUGGUAUCCGCGGCGGCGGUGUGGUCACCAUACGAGACGGCUCCUACUCGAAGUUUGAUCGUAACACUGUCGUUGACGAAUUCGCUCCUGCGCAAGGUCUUAAGACAUUUUUGUCAAGAUAUGUCGAGGAGACCUUAAGUACAAGAUUAUUAGCCGAAGAUGAUAAUCCUCCAUCGCCGAUGUCACCAAUGCCACCAGGUGGGCUGCGGUUCCCCGCGCCGAUGACGCCGCCGCAGCCGCACACGCCGCACUCGGCGCCGCUCACGCCGCACCCCGCCUCGCCCGCGCAGCACCAGAUGGGCGCCGGGUCGUUCAACCUGACGUCGCCCCCGGGUGCGAGCGGCGGCGCGGGCGUGGGCGUGGGCGGGGCGGGGGGCGCGGGCGCGGGGGUGUCUGCGUCGCCCGCGUCUCCGAUGGCGCCGUCGCCGCUGGCCGCGCCCGCGGCGUCCCCGCACCCGCCCCCCACCUCGCCCUUCACCACGUGGCCCGCCUCGCCCUCUCUGCCACGCCCCUCGCCAGGUCACCACCCUUCACCAAGGCAUCAUCUCGAUCACAAAGGCGGCGCGAGCCAGGCGGGCGGCGCGGGAGGCGCGGGGUGCGCGGCGGGCGGGCGCGGCGGGCGCGCGUGGGCGGGCGCGAGCGCGACGCCGCUGGCCGUCAGCAAGCUGGAGGCGCUGUGCACGCCCGGCGACCCGCCGCCCGCCGCGCCGCCCGGCCCGCCGCUCGCGCCGCUGCAGCGGUUCCUCGCCUGCGUCUACAUGAAGCGCACGCUGCAGCGAUUCGUGCAGCAGGAGGACUAUCUGACGAUGGUCUCAGCGGACGCGACGAGCCUCGCCUUCCGUUGCGACAGCGCGGCGCUGUCUGCGCGCGUGUUUCUCAACCCGCAGCACAUGCAGUCCUUACAUUUACAGCUCACGCCACUACCCGAUCUCAAAGAGCAAUGGACUACUGAUGAUCUGCAGGUGAUCGAGAAGUUCUUCGAGCAGCGCGUGGCGAUAGCGCCGUACCGCGCGACGGCGCUGCAGGGGUGGGCGCGGGCGUGGGGCGCGCCGGGCGCGGCGCUGCCGUCGCUGGUGGCCCUGAUGCGCGCCGAGCUGGCGCCGCCCGCGCCCGCGCUGUGGGCGCUGCAGUGGGCGCUGCGCAUCCCGCCCGCCGCGCCGCAGAUCGUGCCCGCCGGACAGCCCGCCGUGCUGCUCGCCAAGCACAAGAUAUUGUUCUUUAUUUGUUUAACACGAGGCGACACGCAGUUGGUACUGCCGCUCGUAUACGACAUGCAACUGAACGUGACACAGCUCGCUGACAAACGGGACUCUCAACCGCAUCUGAUCGCUGUCAGCUUGCAUCUUAAACGUUUCAGCGAGUUCAACCAGUCGCACUCUGAGUGCACGCUGUGGCCGGCGGUGCGCGACCUGCUGACCAACUUCACGCUGCCGCAGGAGGCGCCGCAGCCGCCCGCGCCGCCGCCGCCCUAGCUCGCGCGACUCGCGCACCGAGCGCACUAGACCUGCACACGGACACCAUUCAUCGAUUGAACAUCGCUCAUACUGAACUCUAACGAUACGUGUUAUUAUAUCGUAACAGUGGAUUAUUACAUGUACAUAAAAUAUUAUGAAUUCUUUAAGAUUUAGUUUUAGAGAUCGUUUGUAUGUGUAGUCACAUCGUAGUUCCGAUACCCGCGUUGCACACGUAAUCUCACUGCGUAUAGAAGGAAUAUACUUCCUUGUCCCUAUAGACUGGACUUUGACUAGUGUUGCUAAAACAUCAUGUGUAAAUAAAUGUAUGAUAUGAAUUUGUAUUGGAAUAAAACAUCAGUAAUUUAGAUAAAAUAUCUAACGGUUAAUACGAGGUGAAUUAUUCGUAGGUUAUGUUAUGUAAUAAAAAUCUUUUUUAUAGUGAAUUUAUUAUCUAGGAGUAAGUUUACGUAUGUAUUUAA